GGGCAAAGUGUAUCCGACCCUAAUUCUACGAUCCAUGAUUCACGAAUAGUGCCGUUCAGUAUUAAGCUUUCAACACCUGUGAGUUCAUCGCGCGAAAGUAACGGAGAAUUUUCCCAAUAAACUCUCGAUACCUCAGUAGAAGACAAGGGAAGAAUGUUGCAGAGGCCUAGACGACGUUGUGAAGGUACAGCCAUGGGUGCCAUCAUUCUCGAUCUCCGGCCCGGUCUCGGCAUAGGACCUUUCUCUCUCGGAAUGCCAAUAUGCGAAGCAUUUGCUCAGAUAGAGCAGCAGCCGAACAUCUACGAUGUUGUUCAUGUCAAAUAUUUUGACGAGGAGCCUCUUAAACUCGACAUAGUUAUUAGCUUUCCGGAUCAUGGUUUUCAUCUUCGUUUUGAUCCGUGGUCUCAGAGGUUACGCCUUAUUGAAGUUUUUGAUGUCAAGCGGCUUCAAAUGCGUUAUGCUACAUCACUUAUUGGAGGACCAUCCACUCCAGCUACUUUUGUGGCAGUAUAUGCACUUUUUGGGCCAACUUUUCCAGGGAUCAACGACAGAGAUAGGGGUGUUUAUACUUUAUUCUAUCCAGGUUUGUCCUUUGCUUUUCCCAUUCCUAGCCAAUAUACAGAUUGUUGUCACGAUGGAGAAGCGGCAUUACCAUUAGAGUUUCCAGAUGGCACUACACCUGUUACAUGCCGCGUCUCUAUUUAUGAUAGUUCCACUGACAAAAAGGUUGGUGUUGGAGCCUCAAUGGAUAAGGCAUCUGCUCCUCCACUGCCUCCUGGUAGCCUAUACAUGGAAGAAGUGCAUGUUAAGAUGAAAUUGCAUUUCACUGUCGGUGGACAGCAUAUUCCUUUUGGUGCAUCUCCACAGGAAAAUAACUUCAAAUUUGACUUAACUUAUGCUUUUCUCUAUAUUAGAUUAGCUGUUCAGGUAGAUCAAAUGAUUAUUCACUCUGCCUCGGACCCUCGGCCGCGGACAACUCUUUGUGGCGAUUACUUCUAUAACUAUUUUACUCGUGGUUUGGACAUCUUAUUUGAUGGGCAGACUCAUAAAGUUAAAAAGUUUGUUUUACACACAAACUAUCCUGGACAUGCUGAUUUCAAUUCAUACAUAAAGUGCAAUUUUGUUAUUCUUGAUAAUGACUUUAAAGAGUCUUUUAUUGAAGCAAGUAAUUACAAAAAUAGGAUUACACCGGGGACGAAAUGGGAGCAAGUUAAGGAGAUUCUUGGGGAUUGUGGCCGAGCAGCUAUCCAAACACAGGGUUCUUCAAGCAAUCCUUUUGGGUCGACAUUUGUGUAUGGUUAUCAAAAUGUUGCAUUUGAGGUGAUGAAGAAUGGUUAUAUUGCUACUGUGACUCUCUUUCAGUCAUGAUGAUUGUUUGGAUUUGCCUCAGCAGUUGGCAAUGCUUAUGCCCACAUUUGCCUGUAGCAUGUGGAUCUGUACAGUCUUUGUGGAAGGCUCGGAGUGUGCCGUGUUGAUAUCAUGGCUGGUUUGACACGCUGAUAAAUUGUAUAGUUCAUGUACAGUUUAUCUAUGUUGUACAUAUAAGGACUUAGCUCAUCUAAUAUAUAUGCAACUUAAAAUGGUUGAUGUGCAGCACAGCAUAUUCAUCUGAAAUCUACGUGUUAAGCUCUAAUGAUUUGUUGAAUUUAUUAUGCUGUGAAUUUGGUCC